AUGAGUGGGCUGGUUUGUUUAAGUUAUUUUUAUAAUUCUUGCCAUUUACCUUGCAUUUGGAAUCCGUAUGCUGAAGAAUACAAAGUAGUACCCAUACCAACUGCACUUAAACCAUAUCGACAGCAUGUAGAUGUUCGUGAAAAUGGGUUCGGUUAUGAUGAUAUGGAUAAUGAGUACAUAUUCAUUAAUACUACGGGUUCUCAAGUUGGCCGUUUAGGUUACCUUGGAUCAAUUGUCAGUGCUUAUUCAUUGAAAUCUAAUUCAUGGAAACAGCAACUAUAUAUCCCUUAUGUGUUUCCUGUUGAUAAGAACACUCACACACCACCUGGGGUUUUCUUUAGUGGAGCUUUUCAUUGGUUUGCUAGAAGAAUUUUAGAAAAAAAUGCCUCCUCCUCCUCUGGAGUAUUGAUUGCUUUGGAUGUUGAAACGGGGGUUGUCCGAGAAAUUCCAGAACCAGGAAGACUGGAUGUUGAUGAUAAAUAUGUGGAUAUGUUGGGUGGCUGUCUUGUUAUUAUGGAGUCAAGGAAUCUUGCGUGA